AUGAACGCAAUGCUCUCUGGCAUCCCUGGCACAGCUGGGUACCUGGACGACAUCAUCAUCGUGGGUCGCUCCCCUGCCGAGCUGCAAGACCGAGUGUGCGCAGUACUCGAACGCGUGCAAGAAUAUGGCUUUCGCCUACGGGCCGACAAGUGCCAAUUCUUCCUCGACUCCAUCAAAUACCUUGGAUUCGUUUUUGACGCCAAUGGUCGCCAUCCAGAUCCUGAAAACAUUCGGGCCAUCCAACGGAUGCCUGCCCCCAAGAAUGUAUCGCAACUUCGUUCGUUCCUUGGCCUGAUCAGCUACUAUAGCGCCUUCCUAUCAUCGCUGCAUGACGUACGGGCCCCGCUCAACCGUCUGUUGCAGAAGGAUGCUCCUUGGUGCUGGUCCCCCGACUGUGAAAAGGCCUUCGCCCAGCUAAAGUCGAUGCUGAGUUCAGAUCUGCUGCUCACGCACUACGACCCGACGCUGCCGAUCGUUGUUGCUGCAGAUGCUUCCAACCACGGAGUUGGUGCCGUCAUCUCACAUACUUUUCCUGAUGGGUCUGAAAAGGCGAUCAUGCAUGCAUCUCGCACGCCAACCCCUGCGGAGAAGAACUAUGGGCAAAUAGGGAAAGAAGCUCUAGCCCUCGUUUUUGCCGUCAAGAAAUUUCACAAACUGUUGUACGGUCGCCACUUCACGUUGUUGACGGAUCACAAACCAUUGCUGUCAAUCUUCGGUUCGAAGAAGGGCAUUCCCGUCUACUCAGCCAGCCGACUUCAGCGAUGGGCAACCAUCCUUCUUGGCUACGACUUCGACAUUCGCUACUGUCGUACUACAGACUUUGGUCAGGCUGACGCCCUUUCUCGCCUCAUCAGCAAUCAGCAGGAACCGGAGGAAGAUACCGUGAUUGCAGCUAUUUCGAUUGAGGACGGUGUGCGCCGUCAGCUAUCAGACGCCAUACGAGGUAUCCCUGUAACUGCCGCGGACAUCCGACGUGCUACUGAACAGGAUCCUGUCCUCCGCCAGGCCAUCACCUACGUGCAGACUUGCUGGCCAACCACUGCUCUCGCUGGCGAUCUUCGCCAGCUCUUCCUCCGCCGAGCAUCGCUAUCUGUGGUUGACUCCUGCCUCAUGUUUGCAGACCGUGUGGUGAUCCCAUCUUCCCUCCGACACACUGUACUACGCCAGUUCCAUGCCGCUCAUCCUGGUACCAGCCGAAUGAAGUCAAUUGCUCGCAGUUUUGUUUACUGGCAGGGUAUCGACGGCGACAUCAUCGACCUGGUUCGACGCUGUUCUCGACGUCAGCAAGCUGCCAAGAUGCCGCCUCGUCAACCUGCAAUACCCUGGCAACCACCGGAGAGGCCUUGGUCACGCGUGCAUAUCGAUUUCGCUGGCCCACUUAACGGAGUCUCCUACCUAAUCUUGGUUGACGCCUACUCGAAAUCGCCCGAGAUUGCUCCGCUGAAUCCAGCAACCGCAUCUGCCACUAUCGCCUUCCUACGACGCAUCUUUAGCCAGCAUGGCUUACCAGAAGUCCUGGUUUCAGAUAAUGGUUCUCAGUUUAUCUCGUCGACGUUUGAAGAUUUCUGCCGCCAGCACAGCAUCCAGUAUCUUCGCUCCCCGCCCUACCAUCCUCAGUCUAACGGUCAGGCGGAGCGUUUUGUCGACACGUUUAAGAGAGCCCUCUUGAAAGCUCGUGGGGAGGGGACCACGGACGAGAUAGUCCAGGCGUUCCUGUUUUCCUACAGGACAACACCGAACCCGGCGUCCCCUGGUGGCGUUUCUCCUGCCGAAGCGUUGAUGGGCCGAAAACUGUGGACAACAUUUCAUGCCCUCGUCCCUACCGGUGCGCAGCCCGCGCAGACUUCUCCAGUUUCUCGCAGCAAGCUCUCCAUCGGAACACCUGUCUUCGUUCGUGAUUAUCGAGCGGGGUUCCCAGACUGGAUUGAAGCAACCGUAGUAUCGCACAGAGGCAGUAUGUUGUUUGACUUCGACGUUGGUGAUGACAUCUGGGUUCGCCACCACAACCAGAUCCGACGGCGACAUUGCAGUAACACAACUGGGCUAGAUUCGGCGCCGUCACUCUCUCUCGACAUCCUACUGGAUACCUUCGCCAAUCCGGCAGAUCAGUCGGUUCCCGAACCCACUUCUGCGCCCCCUUCGGAUAUACCAUCUUCGGUAUCAGUUACCGCUCCCGUAUCUCCAGGCAUUAAACCACGACUAAGACGCCGGACCAACCGCGUGCGCCGAUCAACACGUCUGAUGCAGGUCAACCCACGGUUGGGAGCGCCUACACUCCCAAAAACAAGAGCCAGCCAAUCACGGGAGGCCACGUGCGUUUUCUCCACUGCGCUGUCAUCUUACUCGUGGCGCCUCUCCAUUGGCUUUUCCUCUCGGGCCUGA